AUGGUGGUCAUCCUUCUGAAAAUGAAAGCCACUUUGGAGAACGUCAAAAGCAUCGAAAUCCCACCGGAUCACACGUGGGUUCUUGACGUGAAGCACCCGGCGGGAGAGGAGGUACGGGAGAGGGUUACACUGUCAGCGGCGGAGGUUCAGAGCAUUCCGAAUAGCAGAGGUUCCGCAAAUUUCCUCGUGCGCUGGGAGGGCAGCAAGCAAGUAUCUACAAUCAAUAUCCAGCAGUUGAAGAAUGUUACGCGCUUGAUGUACGACGCAAAUGACAGGGGCAAAUUUGUUCCCAUUGUCGCUUUCGAAUGCAGAGGUGUAGAGCCCAUCCAGUGGUACCCGGCCACGGGUUACACCGUGAAAAGCGCUAAGGCCACGUUCACAGAUGUCGAUCUUUCAGAAGAUUGGGCUGACUACGAUCAGGAAGCUAACGAACCCGUGGGUAUCUAUGAGGUGGAGUACGAGUUUCAAACUUACAAGUAG